CCUGUCCCAGCCACCGCUAACGCUAGAAGCUGCUUCCCCCCCUCCUGGCUCCCCGGCGGCCUCAGGUUUGUGGGGCGUGCGUAACUCGGGUGGGGGGUAAAGGCGGCAGCCCCCCCACUGCCCCUCCCCCUACGGGGUGAGGUGGCUGUUAGGCCCGGGAGGCUGGGGCCUACGUACUCUUCUCUUCCCCGGGGGAAGUUGGUGGAGUUUUCCCGGCGGGGGACUCGGCGCAGAAACUUCCUCCGUCCCCCUCCCCCCCUCCAUGCAGGCGACGCCGAGCGAGGCCGAGGCCGGGGGCGAAUCGCCGCAAAGCUGCGUGCAAGCGGCGCGCUCUGAUUGGACGGCGGGGAAGCCAGUCAGCUUAUUGGCCCCGCUGAUCCCGCCCCGCAGCUCCGGGCAGCCUCUACCCUUUGGCCCCAGCGGGCGCCAGCCACUCAGAUCGCUCCUUGUUGGAAUGUGUAGCGGCAGCGGCCGCCGCCGGAGCAGCCUCAGCCCGACGAUGAGGCCGGGGACGGGAGCCGAGCGUGGAGGCCUCAUGGUGAGUGAAAUGGAGAACCGCCCUCCACCGCGGGGUCCCGGGAACGGGGAGCGGAGACUGUCCAGCUCAAGCCUCUGCUCCAGCCCAUGGGCCUCUGCGGACGGCUACCUGAGGAGACGGCCCUCGAUGGGACACCCUGGCAUGCAUUAUCCACCCAUGGGAAUGCACCCUAUGGGUCAGAGAGGAAAUAUGCAACCCGUACCUCAUGGAAUGAUGCAGCAAAUGAUGCCCCCUAUGGGAGGUCCUCCAAUGGGACAAAUGCCUGGAAUGAUGUCUUCAGUCAUGCCUGGGAUGAUGAUGACUCAUAUGUCUCAGGCUAGCAUACAGCCUGCUUUACCGCCAGGAGUGAACAAUAUGGAUGUAGCAGUAGGUGCAACAUCUGGCACACAAAAAUCAAUGUGGACUGAACAUAAAUCUCCUGAUGGAAGAACUUACUAUUAUAACACAGAAACAAAGCAGUCUACCUGGGAAAAACCUGAUGAUCUCAAAACACCUGCUGAGCAAUUAUUAUCUAAAUGCCCCUGGAAGGAGUACAAAUCUGACUCUGGAAAGCCUUAUUAUUACAAUUCUCAAACAAAGGAAUCUCGUUGGGCCAAACCCAAGGAACUUGAGGAUCUUGAAGGAUACCAGAAUACCAUUGUUGCUGGAAGUCUUAUUACAAAAUCAAACCUGCAUGCUAUGAUCAAAGCAGAAGAAAGCAGUAAAGAAGAAUCAACCACAACAUCAGCUGCCCCAGUUCCUACAACAGAAGGUCCAACUACAAUGAGCACUAUGGCUGCUGCUGAAGCUGCAGCUGCUGUUGUUGCAGCUGCUGCAGCUGCAGCUGCAGCUGCUGCAGCAGCCAAUGCCAAUGCUAAUGCUUCCAUAUCAACUCCUUCCUCCAUUGUUGCUACAACUGCACCAAUUGUCACUGAGCCUGAAGUUACUUCCAUUGUUGCUACUGUCAUAGAUAAUGACAAUACAGUAACAAUUUCAACAGAGGAACAAGCACAACUUGUUACUCCUGUUGUUCAUGAACAAAGUGCAGAAGUGUCUAGCAAUAUACCAGAGGAAGCAUCAUCAAAGCAAGAAGCUUCAGUAGAUUACACCCCCAAAAAGGAGGAAGAAGAUAGUCAACCUGCUAAAAAAACAUAUACUUGGAAUACAAAAGAAGAAGCAAAGCAAGCUUUUAAAGAGCUAUUAAAAGAAAAGCGAGUACCAUCUAAUGCCUCAUGGGAGCAAGCAAUGAAAAUGAUUAUCAAUGAUCCUCGAUACAGUGCCCUGGCAAAGCUUAGUGAAAAAAAGCAAGCCUUUAAUGCAUAUAAAGUCCAGACAGAGAAAGAAGAAAAAGAAGAAGCGAGAUCAAAAUAUAAGGAAGCUAAGGAAUCCUUUCAGCGGUUUCUUGAAAACCAUGAAAAAAUGACUUCUACAACCAGAUAUAAAAAAGCUGAACAAAUGUUUGGAGAGAUGGAAGUAUGGAAUGCAAUAUCUGAGCGAGAUCGUCUUGAAAUUUAUGAAGAUGUCUUAUUCUUUCUUUCAAAAAAAGAAAAGGAACAAGCAAAGCAGUUACGAAAGAGAAAUUGGGAGGCCUUAAAAAAUAUACUUGACAACAUGGCUAAUGUUACCUACUCCACUACUUGGUCUGAAGCCCAGCAAUAUCUGAUGGAUAACCCUACAUUUGCAGAAGAUGAGGAACUACAGAACAUGGACAAAGAAGAUGCAUUGAUAUGUUUUGAAGAACAUAUCCGGGCUUUAGAAAAAGAAGAAGAAGAAGAAAAACAAAAGAGUUUGUUACGAGAAAGGAGGCGGCAGCGAAAAAAUAGAGAAUCUUUUCAGAUAUUUUUAGAUGAGUUGCAUGAACAUGGACAGCUGCAUUCUAUGUCAUCUUGGAUGGAAUUAUAUCCAACAAUUAGUUCUGAUAUUAGAUUUACCAACAUGCUUGGUCAGCCUGUUUUUUCAUUAGGAUCAACUGCACUUGAUCUUUUCAAGUUUUAUGUUGAGGAUCUAAAAGCACGUUAUCAUGAUGAAAAGAAGAUAAUAAAAGACAUUCUAAAGGAUAAAGGAUUUCUAGUUGAAGUAAAUACUACCUUUGAAGAUUUUGUAGCAGUAAUCAGUUCAACUAAAAGAUCAACAACAUUAGAUGCUGGAAACAUCAAAUUGGCAUUUAAUAGUUUGUUAGAAAAGGCAGAAGCCCGUGAACGGGAAAGAGAAAAGGAGGAGGCUCGUAAAAUGAAACGAAAAGAGUCUGCAUUCAAGAGUAUGUUGAAACAGGCUGCUCCUCCAAUAGAAUUGGAUGCAGUCUGGGAAGAUAUUCGAGAAAGAUUUGUAAAGGAAGCAGCAUUUGAAGACAUCACUCUAGAGUCUGAAAGAAAAAGAAUAUUUAAGGAUUUCAUGCAUGUUCUUGAGCAUGAAUGUCAGCAUCAUCAUUCAAAGAACAAGAAACAUUCUAAAAAAUCUAAAAAGCAUCACAGGAAACGUUCACGUUCUCGAUCGGGCUCAGAUUCAGAUGAUGAUGAUAGCCAUUCAAAGAAAAAGAGGCAAAGGUCAGAAUCCAGGUCUGCUUCAGAACGUUCUUCUAGUGCUGAGUCUGAGAGAAGUUACAAGAAAUCAAAAAAACAUAAGAAGAAAAGCAAGAAGAGGAGACAUAAAUCUGAUUCUCCAGAGUCUGAUGCUGAACGAGAAAAGGAUAAAAAAGAAAAAGAAAGAGAAAAUGAAAAGGAUAGAACUAGGCAGAGAUCAGAAUCAAAACACAAAUCACCUAAAAAGAAGACUGGAAAGGAUUCUGGUAAUUGGGAUACUUCUGGCAGUGAACUGAGUGAAGGGGAAUUAGAAAAGCGGAGAAGGACCCUCUUGGAACAACUGGAUGAUGAUCAAUAAAUUAAUUAUACCAAAUAUAUGUUUACAGUAUAAUUAAAAAAAAUGUCUAGUUCAGGACAGGGAUUCUGAUGUUUUAAAUUCCAUUGAAGCAACACUGGGUUUUAAUUAUAUCACAAGAAGAAGUGCAUUAAGUAAUGUUACAGUGGAGUUGACUUUAAAUCUGCAAAAGAGAAGGAAAUUCAAAACUGAACAUGAAAACUUUUGAUUCUGUAUCGAGAAUCAUUUUCAUAUCAUCACUCUGAAGCCCCUUUUUAGGGUACAGCAAAAAUAGAUUAGAGAUGGUGAUUUAUUGAUUACCACAGAUGUCCUUACUUUUGUGUUCUAAAGUCAAUGCCACAAUGAUACAUUUUUGAGGUGAUCUGAAACUUGCAGAAGUUGGAUUUUGAAGAUAUAAUGAAACCUUUUUUGAUGUAUAGUGGUACAAAAAAAGCACCAGCAACUGAUCAAAAUGCUUUUUUGUGCACUUCCUAACUGGGUUAACUGAUGUGAAUUUUUAUGGUGAACUAAAAAAAUAGAUGUUUUUUGAUGGAAACCCUUAAUUUUAUAGUAGUGCUAAUGGGCACUGCUGUAUUAUAGCCACCAUUGUUAAUUUUAAGAACGUCUGGAUGAAUAAAACAGAAGGCUAUUGUGAGGGCAUUAUUGGAACAUCUAUUUUGAGGCGAUGUUUAAAAAAAGAAAUUAACAUCAAAUCAGAUUGUAAAUUAAUUUAAAUAUGUUGCCUUAAGGACCUACUAAAGAAUGUGCCACCAAAUUUUAAGUGACAGUUGCAAUAUCCUUGUCUAAAAACAAAAAUCAAUGUCGACUUAAACAUUUUCUUUAACAGAGUUGUCUUGAUUUAAAAAGAAAUCAGAUCUCUUUCCAUCUCUCCCUCUUCUCCCCCCCCCCCUUCUCUCUCUCUCUCUUUUUUUUUUAAUAUUCUCUGUCCAGUUUUUCAUUGAGGAAAACUUUUCCCUACUCAGUGAGAAGUAUUGACUUCUGUGGUACACAUUCUAAAGCAUUUCUGAUUUGAAUAUUUUUGUACAUUUUUAUCGAUUAUUAAACCUUCUCUUCUAGCGUGUACUAGUAUUUAUUUCUACUUGAAAUACGCUGUACAGCUCUAACAGAAAUAUGGAUAUUUUAUGAUUCAGUUAAGCAACAAUGUGGUGUAUUUACUCUAAGCCCGUCGAAGUUUCACUUAAUAAUUCAUCUUCCUUUCCCAUGUAGUUUACUUCUUUUCUAAUGAUACUUAUAAGAGUACUUAUAAAUAAAUCAGUGCAUAUGAGGCCCCUUUAUUUGUGCUUCAAACUAAAAUGUUCAUACAUAAUAUUUUUGUGGGAAGUUGGUUUAAGUGAAGCUAGAGGCAUCAUUUUAUAUGCAUGCUUCUAGAGGUUGGUAUUUGUCACUUGAAAGAUAAAACUGGCAUUUUUUGUUAUCAGGGAGCACUUCUUGUCCAAGAGAUUUUUUUCACAUUAAAUCAUACCCUGCAUCUAGUGUUAAAGAAUAUUAGGUACCCAUCAGUCACUACUUUAUUCAUUAAUUUUGGUCAUUUUGUAGACCCUUAUUUUGAGUUCAGUGUUAGCAAAAAUUACAAGACUAUUUUACCCCCCAAGUUCACCAUCUUAAAAAGUGGAAAGUGGUUAGUGGUAACCAGGGAAAUGUUUCUGUGACAUCAGUUGCAAUGUUGGCCUACAGCAAAGCCAUGAAAAGCUUUGUGACUUCUCCCAACUUUUCUCCUUUACAAAUAGUCAAUUUUUCUGCACUGCAUUGAGAUGAUACUUGGCUCUGCAGUAUGAAAAUCGAACUGUAUAUGUAUGAGAAAAUGUGAAGCAAUCAAAUUGAGUUGCUUAAGGUUUUACUCUACUGUUGUAUUUAGAACCAAAAAGAAUUGUAAAAGCUUUGGCGGCAGGGGCUUAUUUUUACUUUAGUUUACCUUCAGAGAAACUCCAUUUGUGUUUAUGGUAUAUAAAUAUAUAUAUAAAUAUAUAUAAAAAUAUAUAUAGUUAAUAGUACUAAUCAUGUCAAAUGCUUAUUUGACAUGGAAGUAGAAGUGGAAAAUCUUUAAGAUAAGCUUAUGAUUUUGACAAAGGUAGCAAUGUUUCACAAAAUAAUUUAGAGUUUAUGUAAAACAUUUUGCUUUUAUAAUUUCCAUGAAUGAGGAAGAUUUUUUUAAAGUAAAUAUUACUUUAAAAGUUUUGUCUUUAUUUUUCCAUUAAAAAUAAAAAGCUGUAUAUAUGUGUUUUAGCAUGUUCUUAUGUAUCUUUUUGAAUUUCUCAAGGAUAUUUUGCAUCAAUUUAACUCAUUAAAUCCCUGCUAGACAAUCUGUAUGGAAUUUUCUAAAAUGGGAACUGUUAAGUGCCCCCAGUUUCUCUUUCUAGAGCUUAUAUCAGCUAUGGAAAUUAUCCAAGGCUUAAAAGGCUGUAUGUAAUCAAAAUCAAAACAUUCUAAUUGAAAAUAACCCUGUUGCAUCCAGCACCAAUACACUGUAGCCUCACUAUUCCAUUACAUAGCACUGAGGUUUUAAUGACCAGGAAUUAUAUAAGGCCAUGUGUCGACUCUAACUAGUUCUUAGAAGAAUAGACAAGCCAAAAUUAAUUUAAGCAAGUUUUUGACCAAUAUGCUCAGUGAAAUUAUGAAUGUGGGGACUAAAGCUUUUGAUUUACCUUUGUAAUCUUGCCUUUAUGGGAAUCUUGAAUAUUGAUUUGAGAGUUUAAAUUUACUAUACGUUAUUAAAUAUUGCAUGUUUGUUUAUUUGAUCUACCUCUCCACUAAAAAGAGCAUUAAUUUGACGUCAAAACCAAUAGUAUAUUUUAGUUACUGAAUUAAAUACUGAAGCAUUUUCCUUUUGGAAAAUGAUCUUCCCUCUUGUCAUUAAAUUUAGUAGUUUUGUAAGAAAACUGAAUUGGUUUGAGAAGCAAGUUAUAUUUCAUCUGGAAACGUAGCAAGACAAUGUUGCUAUACAAGUAAUGUUUAAGAAAUAUUUCCUCUAAAUUCAUCUUACAUGACUUAAUACUUCUUAAAAUUCUUAAAUAAGAGUGCCAGUGACUGUGGUUUGUAAAAGUUCUAGAUUUAACCAUUGCAUUAUUUCUUAAAACAUCUGAAGAUGUGUUUGUUUGCUCAGUUAGGAAUUUCUUAGCAUUCAGUAAGAAGACAUUAUCAAAUGUCUAAAUUGAACUGAUUUAGCCUUUUUCCCCUCUGAAAAGGAUGCUCUGCCACUUGUUAGCUUUGUGACAUGCAAAUCACUUUCUCCAGGCCUCAGGUUCCUCAACUAUAAAAUGGGGGGAGGGGGGUGGGAGGGAGCUGCAUUUCCAAUAUUUUUAAAAGUUCCUUCCAGCUAUUAAGAUUCUGUGAGUUCUCAGUGCUGGCUAGGUAAUUUUAUAAAUGAAUAUGAAAAGGGAAAAGUCUCUUCACAUAGUGAUUGAGUCUUGACUAUUUUUAAUGAACUUGAUAAGAAAAUACUUUUCUUAAUCAAAUUAUUAAGGCAGGACUAAGUUUUGAAUUAUUUUAAAACAGGAUUUUUAAAGUACAUAGUGUAAGUAAAAUAUGAAUUAUGUAAGUAAAGGAACAAGGUUUUGGAACAAAAGCAAGGUAGGAUGAAGCACAUUAAUUCUUCCUGGUUUCAGGGUGAUGUGGAAAUUUUCAUUUGCCUGAAUAUAAGUAAGGGCAUAAUUUUUCUUCCUUCACCAGGGAUGCUUCUCCAAUACCAGCAAUACAUAAAUAUUACAGUACAUUCUGUUAUGUGUUACUAUCAUGUUUAUCCACUAGAAUAGGUGACGUUUCACUUAUUUGGCAGAAGGGAGAAAUAAAUCAUACAAGUAUGCCUUUUCUGUGUUCAAAAAGUUAAUAUUCAUCAUACCUAUUGGUAAUGCCUCAUUUCAAAUUGAUUAACCUAGUAUUCAGUCUUCACUAAAAUGAACUUAGUUUGAUUUUAAUUUACUUCUGCCAUUGUGUUGGUUUCAUAAAAUGAAGCAAAUCUUUUUCAGCAUCUUCAUCUAACUUCAUCUCCUGUUGGCCAGCAACUUAAACUCUAGUCAUGACUAUAUAUGUACUACUAAACUACGUGGGUUAGGAGUCUGAGCUUAAGAUUAUAGAGGUAGACCUGAGGGAGAUGGCCUACUUGCUCUACCCUUGCUACCUUGUGUUUGGGUAAAGAAAAUAGGAAUCAGUGUAAAACUUCAUAAACAUGGCUUAGAAUCUCUUCAAAUAGCUACGUGAUUUUUCUUUCAUACUGCCUUCAUUCAUUAUACCAUAGAAGCAGACCUCAAAUCAUUUUCUAGGUAAAUGUUCUUACAAUGGACCAGCCCAGUCGGGUCUCAAAAUCCACCCAACAAAGUUCAAGCUUCAGUUCAUUUUUCCAAGAUAGCAUUGAAAAGGAAAAAAUGAGAACAAACUUGAAGUCUAAAUUUCACCUGCCCAAUUCACAAGGAUAUUUUACAGAAUGUUUGUUACAUCCAUUUAUUACUGUCAUUUUCCACUUAAUUUUCCUUAUAUAGAUACAGAAUAUUAGGUUAUCAAGAGUCCUUUUACAUUCACAAGCUAUUGUUUAAAACUGGUAUUUUGUCUUUUGUAAUUUUUCAUAGGACCCAGUACAGUGCUGCAUAAGCAAUAUAGUAUUGGUGAUGAAUUGACUACCAAUACCACAGUUGACCUGGUAAGGCAGAACCUGAGGUGGCUUGUAGGAAUCAUUCAAGCAGCCAGAAUGACUUGGGUAGCUGCCCAUGGUUACUAAACAGGACCAGAUUCAAUAUGACCCUUUUAAAAAAGCAAACUGAGCCAUUUCCUACUGCCAGUCUCUAUUUUCUGUUGUUCCCCAGGGAUGUGGAUGUGAUUCUUUAAAUUUUGCAAAAACCUACUUUAGGUAGGUGGUAGUCUCACCUGAUUAAAUUGAGGACUUGCUUUUAAAGAAAAGGCUGCGUUAUGGGAUGGGAAAGAGUGGUUUCUAUUUUCUGUGUUUGUAAUUGCCAAAUUUUGUUUAUAUAUUGUUCUGAUGUAAUUAAUUUAAAAGCCUCGUAGUUGUUCGAUAAAAUUAGACCUUUUGUAAAUAAAAAUAAUUUA